AUGGGGAGGAACAGAUGGGGAGGAACAGAGCAUCUGCCCCCGUUCCCCCCAUCCUCUUCCCUGUUUCCCCGUAUCCCCUGCCGUGCUUCCCCCCAUCCUAUCCCCUCUUACCCCGUAUCCCCUGCCCUGCUUCCCCCCAUCCCCUUCCCUGCUUCCCCUCAUCCCCUUGCCUGCUUCCCCCCAUCCCCUUCCCUGCUUCCCCUCAUCCCCUUCCCUGCUUCCCCUCAUCCCCUCCCCUGCUUUCCCCCAUCCCCCUCCCUGUUUCCCCCCAUCCCCUUCCCUUCUUCCCCCCAUCCCCUCCCCUGCUUCCUCCCAUCCCCUUCCCUGCUUCCCCCCAUCCGCUUCCCUGCUUCACCCCAUCCCCUCCCCUGCUUCACCCCAUCCCGUCCCCUGCUUCCCCCCAUCCCCUUCCCUGCUUCCCCCCAUCACCUUCCCUGCUUCCCCCCAUCCCCUGCCCUGCUUCCCCCCAUCCCCCUCCCUGUUUCCCCCCAUCCCCUUCCCUGCUUCCCCCCAUCUCCUUCCCUGCUUCACCCCAUCCCCUUCCCUGCUUCCCCCCAUCCCCUUCCCUGCUUCCCCCCAUCCCCUUCCCUGCUUCCCCCCAUCCCCUUCCCUGCUUCCCCUCAUCCCCUUCCCUGCUUCCCCUCAUCCCCUCCCCUGCUUUCCCCCAUCCCCCUCCCUGUUUCCCCCCAUCCCCUUCCCUUCUUCCCCCCAUCCCCUCCCCUGCUUCCUCCCAUCCCCUUCCCUGCUUCACCCCAUCCCCUCCCCUGCUUCACCCCAUCCCAUCCCCUGCUUCCCCCCAUCCCCUUCCCUGCUUCCCCCCAUCACCUUCCCUGCUUCCCCCCAUCCCCCUCCCUGUUUCCCCCCAUCCCCUUCCCUGCUUCCCCCCAUCCCCUUCCCUUCUUCCCCCCAUCCCCUUCCCUGCUUCCCCCCAUCCCCUUCCCUGCUUCCCCCCCUGCUGCCUCCCAUCACUCUCAUUCUCCUUCCUCCCGCACUCACUCUCUCAGUCCUCUCGCACACUCUCUCUCUCCGUCCUCUCGCACUCGCAUCUCCUUCCCACCACCCUCAGCCCUCCUUCCCCUCACCCUCUCCCCUGUUCCCACCUGCCCUCCCCAUCCCUGCCCUGCCCUUCCCUUCUCCAUCCCUUCUCAACCCUUCCCUUUCAUGUCAUGCCCUCCCCUUCACCCUCACCUUCCGCCCUCCGGUUACCAUGCAUGUGCACCCAUCACUGUCUCCCCAUACCGGUACAUGCUUUCAUCAUGUGCGCUUGCUUGUGUUCCCCUGCAGUUGUUCCCUUGGCACCUCACACCACCUCCCCCAUGUUCCGUCACACAAUUCUUUCUGCCUACUCCACUCCCCAAAUUUUCAGUGGUGAAGCAGAGGAGCAAGCUGAGGCGCAGCUAG